AUGUUUGUCUACCAGGGAAAGCUUCAGUGGUUCAACUACGGCCAGGACGAGACCUUGGCUGUUGUCCUGCCCAAUGGCUUUGCCCGUGACGGCGACACUGCAUACAUCUUCUCUCAAUGGACAGUGGACGCCCAGGGAAGGAAGAAGUACAACUGGUUCCAAACCCUUGUCGUCUCGAACCUGACAAAGACUUCGUGCGGCGAUGAUACCUUCGUCCUCAAGGGUGCCUACUACACAUGGAAGAUCACCACACAGCAGACCUACAGCAAGAUCAGCAUCACCAUGUCCAACCCCCAGAAGGAUAAGAGCACCAUGACUGCCGACCGCGUCUGGGAGUCCAAGGGCGAGCAGGACACUGGCGAUGCUCGAAUCUGGACUGGCAAGUUCAACUAUAUCCAGUAUGCGAGCAACGAGCCGGCCAUCUUUAUCGCCCCCGACGGUUUCGAGCCCAAAGCCCCGUCCUUCCGCAGUUGUGUUCAGAAGGCGCUGAGCAAGCCUGGCUGUGGAAACUAUCAGUUCAGCUUCACCGACUACUACACCCUCACAUGCACCUGGAACGACAAGAGCGAGUCACUUGCAGCUCGCUUGAGAUAUGGGAAUGGCCAAGAAUAUGAUGUGGCUACUCUGAACCUUUCUGCCAAGAUUGAGCGAGAGGGCCGCGACAGCCACUCCUUUGACCCCCCUGAGGCCCCUGGCAAGAAGGAGGAGGUUGAGACUCAUCUUCCCCAGGCUCAGCCUUCGCUUCGCCGCCUCCUGACUCCCCUUCCGUUCCCCCCUAAGCUGCUCGAUACUUUGGAGCACACUGCCGCCUUUCUCGACCAAGCUGGCUACCUUGCCAGAUAUGCACAGGAUCGCUUCGCCGCUCUAGACGCCGACUACCAUGUUCAGGUCCACCUGGUUGAGGCUCUCCAAAAGGAGAACAUCAAUCUCAAGGAGCAAAUCAAGAAGCUCACCGACGGCCUCCGACUCGCCAACUCCAAGGCGGACGAGCUCCAGAGACAGCUCGAUGCGGCCAAGGUUGACGCCAAGAAGAAGGAAGAGGAGCUCAGGAAGAGAAUCCAGGAGCUUGAGAAUGAGAACAUCAAGGACGACAAACUUCUCGAUGAUCUCCGCAAGGAGCUCGCUGUUCUGCUGGCCAAGAUUACCCAGCUGGAGAACGACUUGGCUGCUCUUCUGGUUGAGAAGAAGACUCUCCUCUCUCAGAUCACCACCCUGCAGGAGAGUGUUGUGGUCCUGGAGGCCCAGAAGGUGGAGCUUGAGAACUCCCUGAAGGUUCAGAAGGACCUCAACGAUGUUUUGGAAAAGAAGAACGCCGAUCUUACCCAGGAUAACAAGACCCUGACGGGCGAGAAGAUCGCUCUUCAGGCCCAGCUUGCCAAAACCCAAUCUGAGCUCGCCGAUACUCAGGACAGUCUCAAGAAGACCCAGCUUAAUCUCGACAGCGCCAACAAGAAGCUCAAGAGAACCGAGACCAAGCUCGAGGACAGGGAAGGGGACCUUGAGAGGCUCAGGGAUUUGUUGGUCAAGGCUGACAGGAAGAUCAACAAGCUUGAGGACCGGUUGGCUGACAACGACAUUGACUUUGACGACCUCAAGUAG